UCGACGAGCUCUGGAGAGACAGACUGACGACGGCUGUCCCGUCGGUGGGAACGUCGCUCUCCGGCCAGUUCAAAACACAGCAUGGCUAUGCUGUCGUACAAGCCAGGAGAUCUGAUCGUCUCGUCUACGCCGUUCGCAUACGUGGUGGACCCACUGAAUGGAGCCGGCAGGGUGUGCGAUUACUGCUUCAAGAGGUGUGAGAGCCUCAAGCCUUGCGCCCGGUGUCGCGUAGCACACUACUGCAACAAGCUGUGCGAGGCGUCAGCCCUGUCCGAGCACGUGCCUGAAUGCUGCUACUUCGAGGAAGUGUUCCCCUACAUUCCAGACGUCACUGUGCGCCUGCUCACUCGAAUUGUCCACAAACUGCAGAAAGAACGGAUGAAGGACUGCAAGGAAAUGGUGCAGGGCGACAUGCGGACGCUCGAAGAGAUGGAGUCGCACUCGAAUGACAUAAUGAACGACGCGGUGAUGCUGCCGAAGUUCCAUGCCAGUUGGGCCACCGUCAAGUACAUUUUAGGGGAGGAAAACGUGCCACCUUUGCUCGACGGGGUGGAAAUAUUCGGCAAGAUGGUAAUCAACAGGUUCUGCAUAACGGACAGCGACUUAAAGCCCGUCGGUCAAGGCCUGUACAUCGGGGCAUCCAUAUUUGAUCAUUCCUGCGACCCGGAUGCGGCCUACGUGUUCGAAGGAACGCGUCUCACGGUCAGGGCAACCAGGAGCCUUAACGUGAACAGCGUGCGAGAGAUCUACAUCUGCUACGUGGACAAGCUUCUUCUCAAGGAGGACAGGAUAGCGGCGCUGCAGAGGCAGUACUACUUCACUUGCAACUGUGUCUUCUGCAAGGAGGACGCGAGGGAUCCAUUUACCGAAAAGUGGAGUGGCUUGACAGAGUGCGUCCGCAACCUGCAGCUGGAGCUGGACAAGGCAGAAAGCAAGGCAGACGUGGAACGCAUCGCGAGCCGGUGUCGCGAGAUCUUGGAGUGCCAGUGCAAAGAGCUGCCCUCCAAUGAUGUAGCCAAGGUGGAGGCCCUGCUGCUGGGAUUCCAGUGCGGCACCAGGCUGGCCACGAACGCCGAAGCCAUCGGCUUGGCGCUUCAGGUCAUGGAGAUUAUGAGGAGUUGCUAUGGCAUGUACAGCCCCAUCUACGGCCUUCAUCUAAUGCACAUUGGAAAACUGUACAACGCUUCUGGAGACAAUGUCAGCGCAGAGAACUUCCUACAAAUGGCAAGCUCAAGCAUCGCGAUCAGCCACGGUGCGACACAUGCGACUUAUCGCGAACUUCAGCAGCUCCGAAAGUUGAACCGCAGAGGCAUUCCUGGCGGCUGCAAGUGACUGACUGCGACAGGACGGCUACAACGGGAAUGCGGGCACUACACGAACAUUUCUCCUACUCAUACACAUGCAUAGAAUUAUGUUCGUAUGAAAUAAUAUCUCGUAAAAGAAAACACCAACCGAUGAUAAUGUUGGACAUAGUAAAGGUGGUCGGCCAGUGGAAAAGAGGACUUACGAACGAAAACACCCGUGAAUCGGCCCUAGUUUGUGGGUAGUUGAAUAAUGAAAAAAAAAAAAAAAGAUAGUGAUGCCGUGAUGUCAGACCUCAGUGCAAAGGUGGAAUCAUCACACAAAAACAUCCACCUUGUAAGCUUUGGUCCCUCCUACACCACACUUUCUUUUUUGUUUUGUUUAGCGCUUUUUCAAUAAAAGGAGAGAACUCAG